CCAAUAUGCUCUCACAACGCACUAGUGUCUACAGAGAUAAGACUACAAGUUUAGUUUUAAUCGGAAGUUUUGAAUCGUACGUUUUUAUUUUAGGCGUUUUGCGGCGUCUAGAUUGUAAAACCUCAACCAGGUCGGAUACAAUGAAGUACAUCAUCGGAAUUGGGGGUGUGACUAAUGGUGGUAAAACCACCCUGACGAACAGGUUAAUAAAAGCCUUACCAAACUGCUGUGUGGUUCACCAGGAUGACUUCUUCAAGCCUCCGGAUCAGAUAGCAGUCGGAGAGGAUGGCUUUAAACAGUGGGAUGUGAUCACAGCUAUGGAUAUGGAGGCCAUGGUGAACACUGUCAAGGGUUGGAUUGAAAACCCAAUCAAAUUCGCCCGUUCCCACGGUGUGCAAGUGACCUCAGCCACGGAAAUGGACGAUCCGGAGAGCCAAGUGCACAUACUCAUCAUAGAAGGAUUUCUGCUGUACAACUACAAGCCUUUGCUGGAGUUCUUUGACAAAUCAUAUUACAUAACCAUCCCAUAUGAGCAGUGCAAGUUAAGGAGAAGUACAAGACAAUACACCGUCCCCGACCCUCCUGGGCUCUUUGAGGGUCACGUGUGGCCCAUGUACCUGAAACACCGAAAUGACAUGGAGAACUGCGGUUUGCCAAUUGAAUACUUGGACGGCUUGAAAACAAAAGACGAAAUCUACAACCAAGUUUACGAAGACAUCCACAACACACUCCUGAAUCGUUUAUAGCAGGAGGAGGUUGCCGCCAAUCAUCUGUAUAAUAUUGUAAAUAGGAAUUUGACACGUGGCCUUUUUUAACAUGUUCUUUUGUAAAUAGUUUGACUGAAAUGUAACUUAAUUACUGGUGGAAAAACUUUCUUGCAUUACCAUUUGAGGACCAUGUUUUAAGUUUUGUUUUUGUUUUUCAAAGCACUCCUUUGUGACGACUUCAUUCUGGAAAUAGUCUGUUUACCACAUAAAAUGAAUUUCUGAAAUUGGUUUGUACCAAUAAACAUUGUGCUUUGACUUGUU